UCUGUCCGCUAAUUGCUCGAAAAAACGAAAAUAGACGACGAGAGGAGAUAAGUGAGCAAAAAAGAGAAAAAAGCGACACAAGAGAGGAAAAAUUAGGCUAAUAUCAAGUUGAUAUUGAAGGAAUAAUGGCUGUCUACUAUUUUUAUGUGUGAAUAAUGCUGUGUAGUUACAAUGGCUUUUCUGUGUCCAGUGAGAAUACGCCGAGGAAAGAAAAAGAAAAGUUUGAGUGGAGAUCUAGACAAAGAUGUUCGCGGAGGCGGGGUGGCUGCCAUGGGCCGAAUUACUGGCAGCUCAUCAAUUGAAACUCUAGUACGUGUAGGAAUAGAAAAAGAGAAUGGGCUCUCGCCUGAUAGCAAAAUGGUUGUCUUGCACGACUUCACACCUUGUGUCGAUGAUGAACUGCAAGUAAAGCGAGGACAGGUUGUGAAUGUGCUGUAUCGAGAAAAUGAUUGGGUGUAUGUUAUAGCAGCUGAUAAUCGACAAGAAGGUUUCAUACCACAUUCAUAUUGUACACCGUACAACUCUCAUUUAGCAGAGCUAGCAUUAAGUAAUGUCAAGAAAAAAUUGCCACGAGAACAACGUAACAGCACAGAUGUUGAGGUGGACAUCAAUCCAGAUCCUCGUGCAGCAGGAGAUGUAUCUGAUUGUGAUAGCUAUGGGAAAAAAGCAACAAAUGUGUCAAACCCGCAGCAGCUGAAUAUGACAAGCUCCCAGGCAUCUCUGCACAGUGCAUCUUCAUCUCAACCUGAUGUACAUCCAUUUUUCAAGGAUCCGUCAGGUCGAUUUAUUGUUUUAUACACAUUUAUAGCAAGAGACGAAAAUGACGUAAGUGUAGAGCGCGGUGAGUUUGUAACUGUCCUAAACCGUGAAGAUCCAGACUGGUACUGGAUUGUGCGGAGUGACAAUCAAGAGGGAUUUGUUCCAUCUGGGUUUGUCUACCCAGCAGAUGUGAUACAAGGGCACCUAAAUCAAAUGAAUAGCAAUAAUAAUCAACCCAUGACUGGAAAUUCUACUAAUCAUACAGCAACCAGUUGCGUCGUUAACAACACAUCGCAUCAUCUUGGCACGGCUCAAAAUGAAGACUUACGUUAUCAUGGCACAGAGCUUGUCAUGUUGUAUGAUUACAAAGCUCAAGCUCCAGAUGAUCUCUCUGUCCGUCGGGGAGACUGGAUCUACGCUGAUCUCGCCAACCAAACGGUUGAUGGCUGGCUUUGGGCCUAUGCUCCGAAGACACGCAAAUAUGGCUUCAUCCCCAAAGCUUAUGCACGACCCCCAGCCAUGACCAGUCUCUGAUUCUUGUCCUGAGGUUGUAUAGAAGUAUUUUGUAAUUAAUAGUACGUAAGUUUCAUUGGAUUUUGUAUUUGUUAUUUUAAAUAACGAAGGUGUAAUUUUGAAAUCAGAACUUUAACUUGCAAGAGCAUUAAUCAAUCCUUUAAUGUCCAGAAAAAUGAGCCUCGUCAUUACUUGUUAAAAACGAAUGUUAAUGAUUGAAAGAUUUUACCUCCUCUCGGUAAGUGUCUGGAUAUAUGUACAGAAUUUUUAUCCAAUUUUUCAAGAAACCUUGAUUUUUUUAAAAUUUCAUGAGGUAUUUAAAAAUGUUAAAUUUUUAUCCAAUGGUACAACAAAAUUUCAAGCUCUGAAGUUUCUGAACAAAAUUUUGAGCUCUGAUAGUGGUUUAUUUUUAUGUCAUGAAGUAAAAACUUGCCACGCCCCAAUAUAAGUGAGAGUUCUGAUACUGUUCUAUAGCUUUAAACAUUUUUGACAUUUUUCUUUUUGCAUCUUCUUUCAAAUCAUUCCAUCUGCUCAAUCACUUAUCUUUCUUUCUUCUGCACGUCUUUCUCCCCACAGGACUUCAAAGUACCUGGAUUCGUUGAAUUCCUGUGUUUAUGUACUUUUAAAUGAAACACCCGAAAAAUGCCAAAAACAAAUUUGGAAUAGCAAUGGCAGAAGUUAGGUAAUUAAUAUUCCGUUUUGCAAUUUUUUUUCUUAUUAUUAUUAUUACUUAUUCAUUUAACUGGAACAUCCAAGAGUAGAUCUAACAGAAAAUGAGUGUUAAAAAUUGCACAGAUUGUCAUACCCGAAGUUGUUUAGUUCCUUUAUUUUCCCCAAUUAUACUCUUUAUGCUAAUUCAAAGUAGUUGGAGAUGGAUGCGUGAUGAGUACCAUCUAGUUUUCAAGUUCAUCUUCAAAAGUUUUUUUUUUCUUAUCUUUUCUUGGUGUUGAAAUGAUGGAUUGAUUUGAGUCCUUCUUGUACAUUCCAUGAAUUUUCAGUUUUUUGCUGCUUUACUUUUACCUUCUGUCAGGUAGUGGUAAUUACUUCCUGUAACUUUCAGACAUUGUGUGCCAUUCGUAGAGUGUCAUGAUCGGAAAAUAUGUGCCCUUGCACGUACAAACUCUGUCUUGCUCACAUUUUUUCUAUAAAUUUUUUAUUUUAAAGGGAUGAUUAUCUUAUUUAUGGUGAACCAUCAUUUGAAAUGAGAAUGCAACAAUCAGUAUGUAUUGAGAACGAAUUCUGAAAGUGCCACAAAUGCGCACACAUCACUAAACUGCAGUGAGUGCAGAAUAGAAUGUAGACCGGCAGUGUGAUAUGCCAUCUUGUUUUAAAUUUCAUUUUCAACCUGAAAUAAGCUCUUCAAGACUCCUAUUCUUGGUGUAUACUUUUUUUGGCCAGUGUCAGGGUCAUAUACAUCAGGCAUUGGCAUAUUUUCUCUUCUGAUGUCAUAAUUUUAAGACAACGGAUUCUUAAAGUGUCAAUAAGACUCUUGUAGUUAUUAGCAUGGCCAUAAUAUAUUCAAAUCAAAUGUAUUUUCCUAGUUUUAUUAAUUUUUGUGUGCCUCAGUGCAAUAUCUUUCUGUAGUAAACAUAGGUAUGAAACUUGAUCACACGUACCUCUAGUCAUUUAAUUAACUCAUUGUCAGUAAUUUAAACCUGCCAUUAAUUUCAAAAGGACAGAUGUCUUUCUACAAAUACUGAAACCGGUCUCUUUUUUCUUUAAUUUUACACAAAGCAUCACUUGUGAUAAUUUUUAGAGUAUCACUUUUUGUGGAACGUAAGUCCUCUCAAUGUAAAUGUGAUAUGUAUUUUAAACUGGAUACUUUCAACAUAUUUUAUUUGUUCUGAGUUUUUAAGCACUUAGGGGUUCCCAAUGAAAGGGUUUUGAUAACUGAGUUUUAAUCAGUCCAGAAUUUAUCUCACUGGAAAUAUUAACAAAGGUUCUCCUUGUAGUUUUAAAAAAGAAACCUUGACUGAAUACUUAAAUUAUUACUCAGGCACUAUACUUUUAUAUUUUACAAGUUUAUAAUCAGUCAGGUUUUAGUAAUUUAAUCUUAUUUAAUCUCUGAAAGACUGACCAAGGGAAUUAUGUAUUUUUUAACUGAAUCAAGAGUUCAUAAAGACUAAUUUAAAUUUUCUUCCAAUUUAGUCCAAAAGUUCAAUACGUAUCAGUUUAACCUAGUAAGGUUCUGUCAUAAGAAUUGUCUGCCGCCAUGAGCUAUUGAACCUCCUACGAAGACCCUUAAUCAGCAUCUGUUUUCUCAGACUCAAUUUUUUCUGAUGUUCAUAAAUGGUGAUCUUAAUUCAAACAUCUGAGAAAUAUAGACUCCUCCUGUUCGAUUCUGCUGAUUCUAUUUAUCAUAGAAAGAGCUGAAAAGUCUCGUGUGUGUACACAUACAGUUUUUUUAAACUUUUUCAAUGUUUAAUGUUUCGAACUUUCUGAUCCUUACUCCCUCCUACUCGAUCAUAUGUCUGUUUUUGCUCAAAAAUGGGGUACUAAACACUUUUGUAGGAGAGAGGAGCCUGUUUUUGGUGACUGCAGACCCAUGCUUCAAUACUCGAUGAAUUAUCAUAUUUUUUUCGAAUUUGGAAGGUGAAUGAAAAAUGAUAACUAUGGGUCAUGUCCACAGUUGUUUCUUAAAAACUAUUUUCUUUGGGAUGCUCCAUAUGGCUUACAUUGUGAUUAAGGCAGGUUCAAGGACAUUGUUAACAUAGAUCAUAAACUGGAAAAUUUUAAAGAAUUUAAGUAAAAUUCAAGUGUUCAACUACGAAAAUAGAUCCUUUCAAAGGAUUACAAUGCCUUGUCCCUCUAAAAAAUUUAAAGUACAAAAGAACAGAUCCUGUAAGUUUUUAAAAUUUUGAGGUAGGCUCGUACCUACCUUAAAGUUCGUCAAACUUGUGGAAAUUUUUCGCUCAUACUUUUUAUUUUUUGCAGUGGCAAAUGAAUGUAAGCCAUUGUCAGGAGCUAUUACCAUGAUUAGAAUGUUUAUUUUACUUAAAUUCUGCUAAAAUUGUUCUUUGUAUAACGCUGUAUCGAGGAUUUUCUUAAUUCUCCUCUAAUGACAGUUUAACCCACAAGGAGCUCUCUAAGGUAAAAGAAACGCUUAUGAAUAUAGCCCUAAGCUGACAUUGUGAUCCCAUUCCAAAUUCUAGAGGAUUUGACAGUCAAU